UUUUUUUUCUUCCCUUUUGCCCACCCUCACGAAGCUUAAAUAAAGUAAACGAAGAGAGAGGGGGAGAGAAAAACGCAUGGCAAGCGCGGCGGCGGAAGUUAACGCCGUACCGGAGGAGGUUGGAGCAGAGAAACAACCGCAUAAACUUGAGAGAAAAUGGACCUUUUGGUUCGAUAACCUAUCAAAGCCUAAGCAAGGUGCCGCUUGGGGUUCUGCUUUACGCAAAGUUUACACCUUCGACACCGUAGAAGAAUUUUGGUGUUUGUAUGAUCAAAUAUUCAAGCCCAGCAAGUUGCCCCCAGGAAAUGCUGAUUUCCACUUGUUCAAGGCUGGAGUUGAACCCAAAUGGGAAGAUCCCGAAUGCGCUAAUGGUGGAAAGUGGACUGUGAUUAGCAAUGGAAAGGCUAAUCUUGAGACUAUGUGGCUUGAAACUUUGAUGGCAUUGAUCGGGGAACAAUUUGAUGAGUCGGAUGAGAUUUGUGGCGUAGUGGCUAGUGUACGUCAAAGGCAGAACAAACUUGCAUUGUGGACCAAGAAAUCAACAAACGAGGCUGCUCAGAUGGGCAUAGGUAGGAAGUGGAAGGAGAUAAUCGAUGUCAACGAUAAAAUUACUUAUAGCUUCCAUGAUGACUCGAGAAAGGAAAGAUCGGCGAAAGGCCGAUACAAUGUUUGAACAUCUUUGUUGUUUUCUAAUUUCUGAACUCAAAUUCAGACGAUUGAAAUAUUUUGAAUGUGAGUUGUUGUUUUUUUUAAAUUUAA